CAAUCGGCGGACCUCGGUAUCAUCAGCUGGUGUGGAGCCGGGUAUACUCAGCAUCAACACCCGGCUUCAACUACUAACACUUCCUCAAGGACAAGUCUAUCACUGCACAAACAAAACAACUCAAAGAGCUUAAGAAAAAUAUCAAUAUUUACCUACAGACUUUCCUAUCAUCUGAUGUCGCCCACUCAAUCAUUUGAGACAUUACCUUGAAGUUACACGCUCCGAAACUCCAAGCUCAAUGAGCACGCCUAAAGAAUGGAAGCGACUCUCAUUCCAAGAAGCCUUGGAGCUGGCCAGAUUUCCCGAAGAUACAUCAUCAACACAACAAGCUGUUCAGAGGUUCAUGAGUCGGCAGCCAGCUUGGACACCCGGACAAGAACUCCCCUGGGAUGCUGUUGGUAUUCCUCCGCCAAAGAUCACAAGGGGAGCUUAUGGCGCUGUUGUAUAUGCCCUAUCAGCUCUUGCAGCGACACGUGUAGUUGAAGAAGAAGACCAUGGCAAUUCAGACGAGAACAGACGAGGGAUCCAUUCCAUCCACGCCGUGUUCACUAAUCCCGGACUCUCGGAUCGUCCUUUCAUCCUAGAUGUAUCCGAAGUCCAUUCAAGCCGUUCCUUUUCUACGCGGCUAGUUCACGCUCGUCAGCCAACACAACCAUCAAGUAACCUAUCAGGCCCGUUUCCCGACUCGGACUCUGAAGCACCUCUCGGUAGCCCUUGUCUAACUAGUAUCGUCACCUUUAAACGCCCAGUUUCUAGCUCCGAUGAAGUCCAGGGGAUUCCGCCACAGGAGAGAUUCAAGGACAUACUCUCAUCACGCAAACCUGAUCAGUGGAAUCCAUGCCCACAAGCCGAUGUCGAUGCUCUAAAAGCAAAGUUCCCAAAUGAAGGCCAUGGAGCAUUCCCUAUUCUCGACAUGUACAAAGUUGACAUGUCGGACUUCAACAAAGACAAGGCUAUACCGGACCGGAGAGAACUCAUUUACUACCGAUUGCUGAAACCCCUUCCGAAAGAAGGCGCGAACGCACACGUCUUGUGUCAUGCAUUCGAGGCAGACCGCAACAGUCUUUUUAUGCUAGGCAACCAUCUAGGCUACGGCCACGACCUGGGCAUUGCGGCAAGCCUUAGUUAUUCGUUCUACGUUCAUGUCAACGCUGAUGAGGCUGUGAUGGAAGGAGACGGAUGGUGGAUUCAAGAAGUCUCUUGGCCAAGAUUCAGUGCUGGUCGAGGUGCAAUGGAAAGCCUGAUAUGGAGUCCUCAAGGCAAGCAUGUCGCGACUGGCUACCAAGAUGGCAUUAUACUGCCUAUGACAGCCAAGCCUAGUAGAGAGACAAAGUUGUAGGCUCUUUUAUCAAUGAGGACGCGGCUAGAGUCAAGCAUUAUUAGCGAUUUCAAGAAAGAUUUUGUCAUGGAAGCACCAUAGACGGUGCUGGAAAACUACUUCAAGAAGGUCCAGCUUGUCCAAUUGUUGGAUACUCUGGCAUGGGUCGAAACGAGUGGUCUUUAGUUAGAUACUAUCGAAAUAGACCGAAAUGUCGUUAUUAA